AUGGUCGCAUCAAGAACCAAACCCAAGAUCAACAAGAUUAUACGAGUUCCCGCGGGUUCUCUGGACCAGAAACUCGAACUCGUGCAAAGUUUGGCAAGUGCUGCCGAAGCAGACACCAAAAAAGUGGAUGAACUGGAACGCUUGUGCAAGAUUCGCAAGAUUCGAUCACAGAAUGAGGAAAAUCAAGAUAUAUGGACUUCGGAAUUCCAGAGAUUGAACUCUGUCGCAUCUUCUUUUGAAGUCGAAAUUCACAAUGCACUCAUGAGAUUUCUGGACUUGGAUCCUGAUUCAGCAGAUGCUGAUGUCCUCGAAAGCGUCUCUCAUUCAAUGAGUCAUGCAUCCGAAGCUCUCGCCUCAGAGGAAGCAACAUAUCGACGAUUGCUCGCAGAUUUCUUAUCGAAAUCAGACAGUACAGAUAGUCAAGCUCAAGUGGCGAAAGCACGAAUCGAAGCGGAAACUCUGAUAGAAGAGGACGACAAGAGUAUCGUAGCAAUUUCCAACGACCUAGAAGAUCGCAGCCACUUCCUGGUCUCGCACGUUAAUACCAAUCCGUGGGUGACGUACCAAGGACUCGUCUGUGAGCUUCGAGAACUUCCAUGGCGAGAUUCAAACUUGGGUUUAUGGCACAUACAGCAGCUGAAUCACUUGGAGCAGUCGUAUUGUGAUCAGCUGGACAAGGUCUCCCGAUCUCUUCAGGAGCUUCAAUUGCCUACCUGGUCAACCGACCAAGUUUCGACUCUAAAACGUCUGAUGGACAUGUCUCGACAUGUCCCACACGGCAAGUUUCCAUGGAUUUUAUCUCGUCUUGAGGAUGAAGGGGUCUUCAAGUCCAAGCAAGAAAUAUCGGAUGCCUAUGAUGUGCUCUCUCGAACCGAUUUCUUGCAGACAGAGAAGGCACGAAUACGUAGAGCCUUCCAGAAAAAUACGGACGACUUUGUUACAGACACUUUGAACCUAUUGAAAGACAGCGAUGGAGAGAUGCUCGAAGCCGAGAAGCGACUCACAGAACUGGUCAAUCAGAAACAAAAGAGUCUCGAAAUUUCCAAACGGUUGGACGGCUUACGUAAAGCCAAAUUAGUGCAAAUCAGACAGAUAGAGGCCCAACGUGAAGCCAAAAUGGAAAAAGAACGUUAUCUGAGUGAAUUGACAGCUAAAGAGGAACGUCGAGUUCGAGAUGCCGCAAGGAAGAAACUGUCUGCGUUCAAGAACUCCCAAGAAGUCGAGAAGCAUGUCUUCCAGUUGAAACGAGAGCAAGAAUUGAAACUGGCUGCUUCUCUCAAAGCGGCUGAAAUCAAAAAAAACAAGCCAAAGGUAGAGCAUCGCUCCGAGCUCAUUGUGCAGAAAAUCAAAAAUCAGCAACAGCUGGAGGAAGAAGCUGCUACUCGAAAGAAGCAACUUGAGGCCAAGCUGCAAGCCUUGCGUGACUCAGUAGCUGUUUCUGUUGAGAGCGAUUGGACCAGAGUCAUCUCACCAACAGUAGCAUCAUCAGCACAAGCAGAGGAUGCGAGGCCACUAUUUAGCAUGAACUCUUUCUCAGUGGAUCAAAUUAUGGCUGAUAAACGAGUGAGGAUAUCAGAAGCUUUGAUGGCUGCAAAUCUACAUCAAUCUGACUAUGGACGAGCUGUACUGAUGCAGCUCUCUAAAACCAAGAGGCCUGACACGCUUUCUCAAGUUCGAUUGUCUAGUGAAUAG